GCCUCCUGGUGCGGUGAAUACAAGAAGAUCUUCAGGGGCUGCUAGUAACUCCUGCUCUCCCUUAGACACCACCCCAGGAGGUGGACGAUUCGUACCUCUUAAUCCAAGAGCAAAGAGGCCAUGAAGGACCCAGAAGAUCAGGAUACAGAUGAGACAAAAUCAGAUAAAUCAAGGAGUGAAAGAAAAACAUCUCAGAGGUCUUCUAGAUCUGAAUCAAGACCCACAACAAGAGAUGAUUUCAUAUUUUCACAAGAUACCACAGACGAUACGUUUACAGAAGGAGAAGAAUCCUACUCAGAGGACGAAGACUUAGAUGUAGAGCAUUUGGAAGGAAGUUCAAGUUCAUUUCAGGAUGAUCAUUUGGAAAGCACUGGAGAAUCUCUGCAUGUGGAAACCCCUGUCCCACCUGCAGAAGAGGCAGAGGAGAAAGUUAAGAAGAAAAUAUCAGAUAGUUUCUUCUACGACUAUAAUGAGCUCGCAUCAAGGCCUUUUGUGACUCUGGAUUCGAACAUACCACUUCAUCUUCUCACGCUUGUACAUUCCUUCGGUUAUGACUGCACAAAGCGGGCCAACCUACAGCUUCUGGACAGCAGCACCCUGAUGUACAUAGCUGGGAACCAGUUGAUCCUCCUGGAUCUGAAAACCAAGAAACAGACCUACCUGCGAAGUAGCAGUGGUGGAGGAAUUGGUGUCGUUGGGGUUCACCCCAAUAAAACUCACUUUGCAGUAGCUGAAAAAGGAUCUUCUCCAAAUAUUAUCAUCUAUGAAUAUCCUUCUCUGAGGCCAUACAGAAUCCUUCGAGAUGGGACUGACUUGGGGUAUGCCUAUGUGGACUUUAACUAUAAUGGCACCUUGCUGGCGUCUGUUGGGUGCAGCCCUGAUUAUACAUUCACCAUCUGGUAUUGGAAAGAGGAGCAGCCCAUACUGAGGACAAAAGCUUUUUCCCAGGAAGUUUUCAAGGUUACUUUCAACCCUGAAGAUGAUGAACAGCUUACUACUUCGGGAUCAGGCCACAUCAAAUUCUGGGAGAUGGCUGUAACGUUCACGGGCCUUAAGCUGCAGGGAUAUCUGGGGCGAUUUGGCAAAACAGCCACCACUGAUGUAGAAGGCUACGUGGAGCUCCCUGACGGGCAGGUGCUCUCAGGGUCAGAGUGGGGUAAUAUGUUGCUCUGGGAAGCAGGCCUCAUCAAAGUGGAGCUCUGUCGUGCUGCCAAGAAGUCUUGCCACCAUGGCCCCAUUAACCAGAUAAUGCUGGAUGAGGGUGAAGUGAUCACUGUGGGGUCCGAUGGAUGUGUUAGGAUUUGGGAUUUUGAGACAAUAGACACUGCUGAUGCUAUUGAUGACUCUGGAUUGGUAGAGAUCGAGCCGAUGAACGAGCUUCAGGUCGGCAAGAAUGUCAAACUCCUCUCUCUGAUAAAAAUGGAUGAACCUGGAAAUAACUUUUGGUUGGCUCAGGAUGCCAGUGGUGCCAUAUGGAAGCUUGACCUUAGUUUUUCAAAUAUCACCCAGGACCCAGAAUGCCUCUUUUCCUUCCACUCUGGACCCAUCCAAGCCAUGGCCGUCUCUCCUCUCACCUACCUCAUGGCCACCACUUCCUUGGACUGCUCUGUUCGAAUCUACGAUUUUGCUAGCAAAACUGUUUUGACUCAGAUAAACUUCAAACAAGGUGGUACUGCCAUCACCUGGGUACCCCAACUGGUGAGCUACACUGGAGCACAGAUCAUUGCCGGAUUUGAAGAUGGUGUCGUUCGACUUCUUGAACUUUAUGAUCCAAAGGAGCUUGCAGUUUUCGCAGGACGAAAGAAAAUUUUGGAUGCAGAAAUUCAACUGAAACAGGUUUUCAAACCCCAUACUGCUCGCAUCACUGCUUUAGCUUUUGAACGUGAUGGAGAAGUUCUAGCCACAGGGAGUAAAGAUCAAACUGUCUUCUUCUUUGACGUGGAAAAGGAUUAUAAACCGAUAGGUUAUAUUAAUACUCCUGGACCUGUUUGCCAGUUAAUGUGGUCCUCGGCCUCUCAUCUUGAAAGUACUCUACUGAUUAUCUGUGAGAAUGGAUUUGUCCUUGAAGCUCCGCUUCCACCCAUAAGUGAGGACGAGGAGGAUCUGGAUCAUGAUGUAGUUUCCUAUGAAAUCAAAGACAUGAACCUAAAAUGUUUCCAUUUCACAAGUGUCAAGUCUAAGAUUCUGAGAUUAAUAGAAAUUGAAAAGAGGAAGAAACAAAUGGAGUUGAAGGAGAAAGAAAGGGAAAAAAGGAGGAAGCAGCUAAUAGAAGAGUUGGGAGAAGAAGGAGAAAAAAUAUUCCAGGAGGAGCAGGCAGAAGUGGAAGAGGAAGAGGAGCCGUUACCUGAAAUCUUCAUUCCACCCACCCCCUGUCAGAUCCUCUGUGGGUUUUACUCUGGACCACAGAAGUUCUGGGUUUCUUUGGGUGGCUAUGACGCUGGCUUCCUGUAUCACUGUGAGUUCCCCCCAUUUGACAAAAAUCGUGAUAUCACAGAACAGAAAGAUGAACCUUUUGAUUUCCGUUUUCUUGAGGGUACAGAGGAUAAUCCCAUCCAAUCUAUCACUUUCAGCCUUAAUCGAAUUAUGAUGUUUUGUGGAAUGGAAAACGGAGCCAUUCGAGUCUAUAUCCUAAGUCAGAAUGACUUUUCACUGACCAGUAUGGAGGAAUACUGGCAAUUCAGUAUGCAUGACAAUGAUUACGGGCAUAUUAAAAACAUCUCCACUAGCUUUGAUGAUCGUUUCUUGGUGACUGGUGGAGCAGAUAGUAAUAUCUUUGUUUUCAACAUUUUUUCUGAAUUAGCAUUAGAGAAAGAAAUCAAAGCCAAAGUGCCAUUGCCCAGGUUUGGAAUUGAAACAGAGGCAAUUCCACAAGAUAUUGAAGAUCCCAAAGCUUACAGUAUUGAGAAUGCCAGGAAAAAAAGAGAACAUGAUAAGUUAAUGAAGGAAGUGGAAAAAAUAAAGGCUGAAAAGAGGGAAAAGCUGAAAGCUUUGAGGAAUGAAUUUUUGAAACUGCUGGAAAUGAACAAAGAACUACCAAAGCAUAUGCAGCUGAAACGAACAGAUUUUGAUAUAGAUUCCAAAAUUCGUGCUGAGAUUAACAGAAAAACCGCUUAUAAAAUUCAACAAGUGGAAAAGGAAUUAGCUUGGGAAAAAGAGAAAUGUCAUCUUGGCCUAAGGAAGCUACAGAGCAGAUUUCGUGAUUCGCUGGAAAGUGAUGCUAUUGUGGUCCAUGCCAUACAAAGCAGCCACAAGAUAACCUCCUAUAGGCUUGUGAAGCCCUCCAAGUAUUCCAUGUUCAGAGGAACAAGUCAAUCAGACAGAAGAUUGAGCAAACUGGAGAGGCUUGAAAAAGAGGGAGUUGGAAAAAAGGAAAGCCAGAAAGAUACAGGUACCAUUGUUAGUGUGCCAGAAGAAUCAAUUAUUGAAAAAGGGAAGAAAUUUCGACCUAAAACCCUAAGUGAAAUUAUGGUGGAAAAUCAAAUUGAGAAAACGAGGAAGGUUAUACUAAAAGCUGAAAGGGCCCAACAAAAGAUUCUGCAGCGGAAAAAAGAAUGGGAGGAACUAUACAAGAGUAAGCCUGAUGAUGACUACGAGGAUCCCAAGGAUGUUCAGGCCAUCAAAGAGGCCCAGAUGCACAUGGGAGACUUCAACCUGAAGACAGCCCCAGACUACAAAAUACCUGAGCACAUGAGAAUAAAUGCUGCCAAGAAGGAGGAGGAAUUGGGGAUCCUAGACACACUGGCCCAUGGAAAGAAAAUGCACAUGAACAAGUGUAUCCUCUCUCUUCGAGACCUUAAAGUGGCUGUCAUUGAGGAAAUACAGUGCCUAGUACAAGAACUGAAGAACAUUCAGUCAACUCUUCAUGUAUCUAAACACAUCCCAAUUCCUCAGAUCCCUCAGAUACACCCCGAAGAAGUUCCAGAAAAGAGAUUUCAGUACGAUGAGGAAACUCUCCUAGCUUUCAAUCGACAGAAGAUGAAAGCUCAGGAUGAGACGUCCCCCCAGGUGGAACAGAUAGAAUCUGGAGGUACCAGUGGAGGAUUCCUCAGAAUCUCUUCUGGAAAGGAUGUGGAUUUGACCACACGAGAUUCCUUGUCUAGAUCCUCACGGGCAUCCACAUACAGUCUAGAUCUUCCACGGUUAUCAGAAUUUGAAAAAACAGAGCUGACAGAUACGGAGCUGGAGAUUAUGAAGAGGGAUGAGAUUAAACACUUACACAUGCAACAGUAUUUGACCAACAGGAUCAAAGAACUGAUUGUCACUUUUGAUGCAGAGCUCCGUAUCCUGAGACAUCAGAAAUUGAAACUAGAUACUCAAAUGAAGUUAUCUGACCUGCACCAUGUCACAUUAUUUCAAGAAAUGCUUCUCCUCAAGAAUUUUGAAAAACAGGAGAACAUUCUUCAAGAGCGUGUUAACUCAUUAGACAAAGAGGAACAGGACAUGCAAUGGAAAAUAAGUGAGACUCUUACAGAGAUGGAAGAGAAGAAGAAUGAAGUCACCAAGCUGCAGGAGCAGGAAAAGGCACUCUAUGCUGGCUUCCAAGCAGCCCUUGGAGAAAACAAUAAAUUUGCCAACUUCCUCAUGAAGGUCCUGAAGAAGAAGAUGAAGCGGGUGAAGAAAAAGGAGAUUGAAGGAGAUUUAGAUGAAGAGGAGGAUAGUGAUGAAUCAAGUGAAGAUGAGUCCAGCUUGGAGAGUGACGAGGAUGAGUCUGGAUCUGAAGAUGAGGUUUUUGACGAUUCCAUCUGCCCAACGAAUUGUGAUGCGUCUCUUUUUGAACUGGCCCUUCAACUUCGAGAGAAAAGGCUGGACAUUGAGGAGGCCUUAGUUGAAGAAAAGAAACUUAUUGAUAACCUGAAGAAGGAAUAUGAUACAUUGUCCAAAAAAGUAAAAGUUGUGGCAAAUAACCUGAAUACAGCAGAGGGAGCCCUGGAGGCAUAUCAACGUGAGAAGCAGCAGCGGCUGAAUGAACUACUGGUCGUGAUUCCACUGAAGCUCCAUCAGAUAGAAUAUGUGGUAUUUGGAGAAAUACCUGGUGACCUUUCUGGUACUUUGGUAUUUUCUAACCGCUCCCUGGGACGGCUACAAGAAAGAAUCUUACAACUCCACCAGGAAAAUGUCCAGCAGCAAAAACUAAACAAAGAAUGCCGGGAGAGGCGAAAAAUGCUUAUCAGAGAGAAGAGAGAGAUGACCAAAACCAUACACAAAAUGGAAGAAACAGUUCGUCAACUAAUGAUCAGAAAGUUUGGCCGUGUUAUAGACCUAGAAGCCCUUCAGACACUAUCUGUUAAUACAACCCUCGAAGAACUAAAGAUCAAAAAACUUAGAAAAGAGCUAUCGAAUGCAAAGGAAAUGAAGAUGUGGGAGGAAAAGAUUGCUCAAAUGCGAUGGGAGCUGAUGAUGAAGACAAAAGAGCACACCAAAAAGCUUCAUCAAAUGAACGAUUUGUGUAUUGAAAAGAAGAAACUUGACUCUCGAUUGAAUACACUACAGAACCAGCAGGGCAAUGCCUUCCAGGGCCCUCGGAAAGCGGAUAUUGUGGCAAAAGAGAAGGUCACUGAGUUGAUCCAAGUCCAGGCGGAAAGGAUUUUAGCCUUGAAGGAAGAGAUUGCUCUUUUGCGUAAAAAAGGAGGUCUCAUCCUCCCACCCAUUCAUCCUCCACAAGAAUGAAACAAAGCCCGGGACCUCUAAGUUUGCUUUUUCCUCAAAUCUGUCUGAUAUUUUGCUGAGAUACAUAAUUCACUAGAAGCUCUGUUUCCUUGACGCCUGCAGCAGUCUUAUUAUUUUUAAAUGAACUUAUCUCAAGUUCUAAAACCAGAUUCGGUCCUGUAGUUUUAAUAAUUUUCCCCCAAUUUGGCUCUCUUAGAAAUGACUACAGCACGCAACAUCUACUUAUCAUUGAACAGAGCCACUGUAGGUAUGUUCGGGAUCUACUCGAUGAAAUAUAAAGUCUCAGAAAACUAGAUGUCAAAAUGUAGAAAACAUCUGUAAUAUAUUCUGCUUUAGGAAAGUUCAUUUUUCAGUUAUCUAAAUUUUUAGCCAUUGGCAUGAAAAACUGUCAUUCAGCAAUCCAUGAAAAAGGUUCCUUUUCAAGUGUUCAAUCCUUGGAAAAUAAACUUUGAUGUAUUUAAAUAUUCUCUGAGAAGACACAAGAGGAGAAAAAAGGGAAACUUUUAUGCCACAGUGUCUUAAAACAAGGAAUGCAAAUCUGAGUUUUGACAUUGUUGGUUUUAUAAAGCUGUCAUUUGAGGGCUCGGGAUUCAGGACACGUAGACAAGCAUAGCAGAGUAGUUUGCUUUCGCUGGCCUUGGGUUGGCAGAAAGCAGGAAAAUAACCAGCUUCCUGAAUCACACGGAGUUUUAGCAAACUCUCCACUGAGGCAUUUGCUGGGUCAGAUAUAGUUAGACCAGGAAGCAAUGAAAUAGAUUUGUACAACUCAGAGAUCACCUGUAGCAAUCACUUUUGAUUACGCAUAACAUUUAAAACUAAAAACCAGCUUAAGGUUAAUCUUUUGGGAUAUGUGCUCGUUGAAAUCCACGGCUGGAACCAUUUGAGAGUGAGCUCACUGACAUUUGGACUCCUGUUAGUAAUACAAGAUUG